AACGCCAGUCCAUCGUCAAGCGCGUCGAGCUCAGCAUCAAGGACCGCCAGGAGCCUACGGAACCCUCAAGAUGUCUUCAAAACUUCCCUCUGUGCUGAGCGCGACCGAGGAGGACAUUCAGCUCCUCCUUGCUGCCCAAUGCCACAUCGGCACCAAAAACUGCGACAAGCAGAUGGAGCCGUACGUCUGGAAGCGCCGGGCUGAUGGCAUCCACGUCAUCAACAUUGGCAAGACCUGGGAGAAGCUCGUCUUUGCUGCGCGUAUCAUCGCCGCCGUCGAGAACCCGAACGAUGUCUGUGUCAUUUCCGCGCGCCCGUACGGCCACCGUGCCGUCCUUAAGUUCGCCGCGAACACUGGCGCGCAGGCGAUCGCGGGCCGCUUCACCCCUGGUUCUUUCACCAACUACAUCACCCGCUCGUUCAAGGAGCCGCGCUUGAUCAUCGUCACCGACCCGCGCGUUGACCACCAGGCGAUCCGUGAGGCGUCCUACGUCAACAUCCCCGUCAUUGCGCUCGCCGACACCGACGCGCCCCUCAAGUUCGUCGACGUCGCGAUCCCGACGAACAACAAGACCCGUCACUCGAUCGGUCUCAUCUGGUGGUUGCUCGCGCGUGAGGUCCUCCGCCUGCGCGGCACCAUCCCCCGCACCCCCGACGGCUGGAACGUUAUGGUCGACAUGUUCUUCUACCGCGACCCUGAUGAGGUUGAGAAGCAGCAGCAGGAGGAGGCUCAGGCCAAGGCCGCUGCUGCUGCCGGCGAGGAGGAGGCGGCCGCGGCUGCCCAGCCGGGUCUCUCUCAGUGGGAGGUGACGAGCGGGCCCCAGGCUGGCGCGAUCAACCCGGCACUCGCCGCGGGCGAGGGCGGUGCUCUCGACUGGUCCGCCGAGCCGGCCGCUGGCGGUCCUACGGACUGGUCUGCCGAGCCAUCUGGUCCCACUCAGUGGACCGCGGAUGCUGGCGCCACGACGACUUGGGAUUAAGUGUAGUCACGUAUGCUCUUACUUAUGCGGUGGCGCGGCCACAUUAUGCUCUGCGUGCCAUAAAAUCUUUUUCUAUGCCAUCUCAUGCAAUCAUCACCGUCCAGCGUGUCCUUGAAGUCGAAAGUGGCCAUUGAUUGCCC